CAGGCUGCCUGCUGGCUGUGGGAAGGGGCUGGGGCGGCGACUUGCUCGAUCCCACAGGUUUCUGAGGGGAAAAGUGACCCGAGGGCGACUUCGCGGCUGAUGGGUUUCCUCCUAAUCUCCGCUUCCCCCUGGUCAAAUUGGAGUUAUUCAGUGUAGGCAAAGCCGGUUACAAAAUUAAAAACAAACAGCAACAAAAGGACAGUUGAAGACAGUGCGUAUCUGCUUUCCAGUAACAUGCUGCUCAUAGGUACCCUGUGUUUUCUUUUUUGGGUGAUUGUAAAAAUCCUGGAGAUAUAUUUAUUUGGUCAAAAUACGGGAAGGUGAUGGGUUUUAUGAUUUUAACAUGGUUUGCUUUGGUAUUACUUCAAGUGAUAGUGAAUUAAAAGUUUUUUAGAACUCCCAUCUGAAAACGUUAACUCGCUUUAAACCACUUUACCUUUUUCCUUUCCCUUUAAAAGAAGACUGUACCUGAAAGCAUCCAAAAAUAAGUAUCCUUGGGGUAGUAGCUCUAUAGUUAAAGGGUUGUAUUUGAAGGUCUUAAAUUGUUACUGAAAGCCUAUAAAGCUCUUAUCUCUGUAGGAGUCCGCAGAGUGAAUAGUUAAAUUCUCAUGGAGAAAAGUAACAGUGGCACCAGUAGAUGUGUCCAUGAACAAGUAGUGAAUGUUAGAUACCCUUUAACAAAACCCACCAUAUAUUAAACAAUCUACUCUAUGCCAGGAACUGUGUUUGGUGCUUUAUAUAAUUCCUAUUUAUUACAUCAUCCCUGAAAUAUUGAUCUUAUUAUCUGCUUAUUAGGAAAGAAAUUAAACGGGGUAAAAACGGGAGUUCAUAAUCUGCUUGAAUCAAAUGUAUGAAAUAUGAUAUGUCAAGAGCUUUGUAAUGCUUUGAACAACUAAUAAAAAAAAUUAAAAAAAAAUUAGGAAAGAAAUUAAUGUUCAUAGAAAUGGCCUGAUUGUUCAGGUUUUGCCAUUUUAAGUGCUAAAAUACACAUUAAAUUCCAAAAGCUUUUAAUUUACACCCAUGAUUUCCCAGUCUGACAGAAGGGGAGAUGUUUUUAAAAUAUAGAUUUGUAUCAUUAUUUGCUAGGACCAGUUGUGUCCUUUUAAUAAUGUGUUAGGCAAUCUCAGUUUUAACCUCUGAUUCCCAACUUCAUUACAACCCUAACCCCCUUCAGGACUGAAAUUCUGCCCAGGACCCUCUAAUUUGAAUAGGAGCCUAUUAUCCAAAGCUUUUCAAGUGAUUUCAGCAUAACAUACAUAUUUGGAAUAUACUGUAUUGACUGUGUUCCUUUUUGAAUUGGAACAUGGGAAUUAAGGUCUAUAUCAUUUUGAGUUUUGCACAGUAUACUUCACAUUAUUCUCGUUUUUAUUUUUCUCCUGGCUGUUUGUCAAGUCUUGAAAUUAUUGUCUUGUAGAAUAAGGCUUAGGUAUUCGUGAUUUUAAAAUCAGUACAUUUUAAAAAGUAGAUUGUCUCAUUCUUUUGAGAAGUUAUAUAACGUUUGGGUGUCUGAGUCUAGCCAAACUAUCUAGUUUAGUCAAGACAACUGUGUAACUAAAAUAGACUUGCAUCCAAGAUUUAUACAGGAAUUAGGAAUAGAGUAGAAAAGACACUGAAAUAAAGACCUAGAGAUAAAUCCUUAUAAGAAAGGAUUGUUUCCUGAAUUUUGAAUUGUAGACAUAUCUUUUGGGUUUUGGAAAGGAGGAUGGGCAAAUAUCAUUCUAAACAUGAAACCAAAUAACAGUAUGAAUAAAAACAGUUCAGGAAGAAACACCUAGAACAGGUGCUGAACAGACGACAUGACUAAAAUGAGAACCUGGUCAAGUAAUGGGGUCUAACUCCAGAGCAAAGAUCAUGUAUUUUCCUUCUUUUGUGCUAGCUCUUCUUUUUUAUUCUCAAAUUUUAGUUAUGUUUUAUAAUCAUUAAGGAGAAUGGAUUUUAAUUAGGGUAGUAGUAUGUUUUGUUUUGGUUUUGGGUACUAGGGAUUGAACCCAGUACCUCACAUACAUGCUAAGCAGCACAAUACUGCUGAGUUACACUCCCAGCUCUUGUUUUUUCUUUUUUUCCCCCUUCUCAUUUGUUUAGACAGGGUGUUGCUAUGUUACCUAGACUGAUCUUGAACUCUUAAGAUUAAAGUGAUUCCCUACAUUUUGGGGGUGUGGUGGGCAAUUUAGGGAGGUCCUGGCUCAAAAUAAAAAGAUUUAAAAUGGUGGAGGGAAAUGGGAGUGUAAUUAUGGUAUAGUGCCUACCUAGCAUGUGCAAGAUCUUGUAUUUAAUUCCCAAUGUGAUAGAAAUGGAAAACCAACCAAAAUUUUUCAUGUAGAUGUCAGAAUUACACCAUCUUAGUAGGUAGUAUGUCCACAUUUCUCUUUCCUGUUUGGAGUUUUUUGUAAGGCACAACGGUUGAAUGCCUAUGUGCAGUCUACAUCAGUCUGAUCACUGAGUGCGUGGAGUGCCAGUUUUUUUUUUUGUUUUUUUUUUAAUUUUCUGGCAUUUCCUCCCUUGUUUUUCAUGGCAAAUGUCAAAGUAAUUGCAACCUUUGAUUAAAAUCCAAUAAAGCUUAAAAUAAGGCAGUGUAGAGGGAAAAAGCUGUAUUUAAAAGUAGGCUUUAGAGGAAUUCAAGACAGGAUAUCUGUACUUGGGAUUUACAGCAUAAUUGGGAAGAGAGAAAACACAACCGAGGUAAUUACAGAUUAAGAAAAACUUAAGAAGUGCUUGGUGGAUCUAAAAGAGUGUAUUAGAACAGACCAUUUUGGCUAGUAAGGGUCAAGAAGAAUUUCUUAGAAGAGGUGACAUUGGAGCUGAGACUUGAAACAGAAGCUUGUGCUAACCAUGUGAAAAACUGGGGCUGUAUUUCAGACUGAGGCCUGUAAAAAAUGUAAAGACCUGAAGACAGGGCGUUAGACUGAAGGGAAGGCUCCUGGGAACAAGGGGAGAAUGGAAUGAAAUGGCGUUGGAAAGCUUCUGCAGGGUCUUUUGUAUUAGGCCAUAGAGGGAUUUUUAGAUUUUACUGGAAUGACAAUGACAUGCUAUUGAAGGAUUUUUUUUUUUUUUAAGAAAGAUUGACAUUUAUUUUUUAGUUUUCAAGGGACACAACAUCUUUGUAUGUGGUGCUGAGGAUCGAACCCGGGCCGCACACAUGCCAGGCAAGCGCGAUACCGCUUGAGCCACAUCCCCAGCCCCACAUUGAAGGAUUUUAAUUAGGGUAGUGGUAAUGUUUUGUUUUGGGUACUAGGGAUUGAACCCAGUACCUCACACACAUGCUAAGCAUCACAAUACUGCUGAGUUACACUCCCAGCCCUUGUUUGUUUUCUUUCUUUUCUUCUCCUUCUCAUUUGUUUAGACAGGGUGUUGUUAUGUCACCCAGGCUGAUCUUAAAUUCUUAAGAAGUUAAAGUGAUCCCUGGCUUCUGCUUCCCUAGUACUAUGGGCAGGCACCACCUGUGGGCAAGCACCAUCCACCCUGCUCCUGUUUUUUUUUUAAAGUUUUAAGCUCCUCUUUUGCUCCUGUCUGCUGUGUGGAGGAAGGGAAGAAGCAGAGAGGGAAGUUAGGUUAUUGCAACAUUCAACCCCAAACCGAUGGUAUCUUAGGCAAGUAGAGUGGCAAUGAAGAUAGAGAAGAGUAGAUGGCAGGUUUCAAAUAUACUUUAGAGAUGGAAUCAAAAGGCUUUACAUAAUGAGUUGGCUCUGGAAAAGAGGAAGAGGAAUCAAGGAUGUCUUUAGGCUUUUGUCUAAAUCUAGGGUGACUGAUGGUUUCAUUUGCUGGUUGGAGAAGACUGGAAGAGGAAUAGGUGGUUGGAGGUAGGUAAAAAGUUCUUGUGGAAUCUGUUGUUUUAAAUAUUCUUAUGAGAUAUCCAAAGGGAGAGUCAGGUGGACAGCGAAUACUUGAGUUGAGCUGAGAGGAGAGGUCUAGACUGGACAUAAUGUUGGGAGUCUCUAGUUUGCAGAUGGUAUGAUAUGGAACUAGUUGAGAUCACUUGUGAACAUAGAGGCCUUAAGAUCAAGCCCUAACCACUUUUAAUGACUAUAGGUUAAGUCAAGGAGAUUGAAAAGGCUCAGCCAUUAAAGUGGGAGAAUGAGUAUUUUAUCCUUCAAGAAAGAGAGAAUGGUCACCUUCAUAAAAUGCUGCUGAAAAGUAAGGAUAGGGAAAUGUCCAUUUGGCUUUGGCAAUGUUGGGUGACUGUUUUAACAAAUAGUGGUAUAUGGGGAUGGAAGCCAGAUUGGGAUGUGUUAAAGAGAGAAUGGGAAGUGAGGUGAAUGCUGUGAGGAGAGAAAUAGCACAGCAGUGAUGAGGGAUGGGUACAAAGAGAUGGCUUUUUUUUUGUUGUUUCCUUGUUUGUUUUUGUGGUGUUGGAGGAUUGAACCCUGGCCUUGUGCAUGCUAGACAUAGAUAAGUGCUCUACCAUUGAGCUAUUCUUUCAACCCAAGGAAGAAUACUAAAAAAAAAAAAAAAAAUGGUGGGAGAUAAAGGAACAUUUUCAAAUAGGCUAAGAAUACCUAAUAGGGAGAUUAAUGCAGAAGAGAGAGGAAAGUACCAAAAUGCACAGAAUUAUUUUUUUUAAAAAAAUAUUUAUUUUUUAAUUAUAGGUGGAUACAAUAUCGUUAUUUUUAAAAAUUUUUAUGUGGUGCUGAGGAUCAAACCCAGUGCCUCAUGCAUACUAGGCUCUACCUCUGAGACACAACCCCAGCCCCAAAUGCACAGAAUUCUUAAGAAAGGGGGAAAGAAUUCAGAACGGAAGAAGAGGUUUUGCCUAUAGUGGGUACAGGAUGACUUACUGCAUAGUAGGGGAGAAGGCAGAGAAAUACGGGCAAAGUGCAAGGAGAUCUACAAAUGAAGGCAGAAUAUAGGACUUUACAUUCUGAUGGCUUCUGUUUUCUCAGUGAAGCUGGAGGCAAGGCCAGCAACUUAAAGUAAAGGAAGAAGGGGUAGUGACUGGUUUCAGGAGAAAUGGACACCUCACCUUGGGCAGCAGGACAAGGAACUCAGUGGGAAGCAAGGAAUUAAACUUUGUGUCCUGACCUGCAAUUGAAGCAUUAUCACAAGGAAGAAAGUGGAAGGAAAGAGAAAUACUAUUCAUUAAACUUUUACACUGUUUCAGAACCUGAGUUGGACUCUCUGAUCGGGAACAGAGAUGGGAAAUCUGUUGGCUCCUCAUGGCUUUUCUUACACGACAAGGAUCCUGUUAGACAAUAAGAAUCCAGAAUAAGCCAAUGCGGAACUGUGAAAUGUUCUCGGCGGACACAUCAUCUUUGUUUAUAUGUGGUGCUGAGGAUCGAACCCGGGCUGCGUGCAUGCCAGUUGUCAUGGAUGAUGAUGAUGACUCGUGUCUCCUUGAUCUUAUUGGAGACCCACAAGCAUUGAACUAUUUUCUACAUGGACCUAGUAAUAAAUCUAGUAACGAUGACUUGACUAAUGCAGGAUAUUCUGCAGCCAAUUCAAAUUCAAUUUUCGCCAACUCUACUAAUGCUGAUCCUAAAUCAUCCCUCAAAGGUGUAAGCAACCAGCUUGGAGAAGGGCCCAGUGAUGGACUGCCACUUUCAAGUAGCCUUCAGUUUCUUGAAGAUGAACUUGAGUCUUCUCCUCUUCCUGAUCUCAGUGAGGACCAACCUUUUGACAUUCUUCAGAAAUCUUUGCAGGAGGCUAAUAUCACUGAACAGACAUUGGCAGAAGAGGCAUAUUUAGAUGCCAGUAUAGGUUCAAGCCAACAGUUUGCACAAGCUCAGCUUCAUCCUUCUUCAUCAGCAUCCUUUACUCAGGCUUCUAAUGUUUCUAAUUACUCAGGUCAGACGCUGCAGCCUAUAGGGGUGACUCACGUGCCUGUUGGUGCAUCAUUUGCAAGCAAUACAGUAGGUGUGCAACAUGGCUUUAUGCAACACGUGGGGAUCAGUGUUCCCAGCCAGCAUUUGUCAAAUAGCAGUCAGAUUAGUGGUUCUGGUCAAAUACAAUUAAUUGGGUCAUUUGGUAAUCAACCUUCCAUGAUGACUAUUAAUAAUCUAGAUGGAUCUCAAAUUAUAUUAAAGGGCAGCGGACAGCAAGCCCCAUCAAAUGUGAGUGGAGGGCUUCUGGUUCAUAGACAGACUCCUAAUGGCAACUCUUUGUUUGGGAACUCCAGUUCCAGUCCAGUAGCACAGCCUGUUACCGUUCCAUUUAACAGCACAAAUUUUCAAACAUCUUUACCUGUGCAUAACAUCAUCAUACAAAGGGGUCUUGCACCAAACUCAAAUAAAGUCCCAAUUAAUAUACAGCCAAAGCCUAUCCAGAUGGGUCAGCAAAAUACAUACAAUGUGAACAAUUUGGGAAUUCAGCAGCAUCAUGUACAACAAGGGAUCUCUUUUGCCUCUGCAAGCUCACCCCAGGGCUCAGUAGUUGGUCCACACAUGUCUGUGAACAUUGUCAACCAACAGAAUACAAGAAAGCCCGUCACCUCACAGGCAGUGAGCAGCACUGGGGGUAGUAUCGUUAUUCAUUCCCCCAUGGGCCAGCCUCAUACACCCCAAAGUCAGUUCCUCAUACCUACAAGCCUUUCCGUCAGUUCCAACUCGGUACACCAUGUCCAGACCAUUAAUGGGCAACUUCUUCAGACUCAACCUUCUCAGCUCAUUUCUGGCCAAGUGGCCUCGGAGCAUGUCAUGUUGAAUAGGAAUUCUUCCAACAUGCUCAGGACCAACCAACCAUAUUCUGGACAGAUGAUAAACAACCAGAAUACUGCCGUCCAGUUAGUGUCGGGGCAGACAUUCGCCACCUCUGGAAGUCCAGUGAUAGUCAAUCAUGCCUCUCCUCAGAUUGUUGGUGGGCAGAUGCCCUUGCAGCAAGCUUCACCAACUGUAUUACACCUGUCACCUGGGCAGAGCAGCGUUUCCCAAGGAAGACCAGGCUUCACUACCAUGCCCUCUGCAACAAGCAUGUCAGGACCUAGUCGGUUCCCUGCUGUUAGUUCAGGCAACACUGCCCAUCCUAGCCUUGGGUCUGUGGUUCAAUCUGGUGCAUCAGGAUCAAACUUUACGGGAGACCCGCUGACCCAGCCAAACAGGACUCCAAUACCAGUCAGCGUGUCUCAUCGUCUUCCAGUUUCUUCUUCCAAAUCUACCAGCACCUUCAGUAACACACCUGGAACAGGAACUCAGCAACAGUUCUUCUGUCAGGCUCAGAAAAAAUGUUUGAAUCAGACCUCCCCCAUGUCCACUUCCAAGACUGCAGACGGCCUGAGACAAACACAGAUCCCUGGGCUCUUGAGCACAGCACUGCCAGGACAGGAUUCUGGAAACAAAGUUAUGCCGGCAUCUUUAGGAACUGCACAGCCACAACAGGAAAAAGCAGUUGGAUCAUCUCCUGGCCAGCCAGCUGUGCAGGUGGACGGUCAUUCAGGAGGACAAAAAAGGCCUGCUGCAAAACAGCUAACUAAAGGAGCUUUCAUUCUCCAGCAGUUACAGAGGGACCAAGCCCAUGCUGUGACACCUGACAAAAGCCAGUUCCGAUCACUGAGUGAUGCGGUGCAGAGACUGCUCUCCUACCAUGUGUGCCAGGGCUCCAUGCCCACUGAGGAAGACCUGAGGAAAGUGGACAAUGAAUUUGAAACAGUUGCCACUCAGCUCCUAAAGAGGACCCAAGCUAUGCUUAACAAAUACAGAUGCCUGCUCCUAGAAGACGCCAUGCGGAUCAAUCCCUCUGCUGAAAUGGUGAUGAUUGAUAGAAUGUUCAACCAGGAGGAAAGAGCUUCCCUAUCCCGGGACAAACGUCUGGCACUUGUAGACCCUGAGGGGUUUCAGGCCGAUUUCUGUUGUUCCUUCAAACUUGAUAAAGCUGCUUAUGAGACACAGUUUGGCAGGAAUGACCAGCAUGGCAGUAAAACAACCAGUUCUCUACAUCUGGCAGCCAAGGCCCAAAGCAGAGACCGAGCCAAACCAGGCGUGACCGAACCAACGAAUCAUGACCAAUUUCAUCUAGUGCCUAAUCACAUCGUGGUCUCUGCAGAGGGAAACAUUUCUAAAAAAACGGAAUGCCUCAGCAGAGCCCUGAAAUUUGACAAAGUGGGCUUAGCUCAAUACCGGAGCUCGUCUGAAGAGAAAGGCAACCGGAGAGACCCCAUGAAGACCAGUGAGUGCUCUCCUGGCCCUGAAGGCCACCGCAAAACCUUGUCCAGACCAGAUCAUGGUACUGAGAACAAACUGUCUGGUAUACUAGUAGACUCCCACUUGGAGAUGUCAUGUAACGAUUCCUUCCAGGACAAAACUCGGAGGAAUUCUCCAAAGAAUGAAGUUUUACACACAGACAUCAUGAAAGGGUCAGGUGAACCCCAGCAAGAUCUCCAGCUCACCAAGAGUUUAGAAACAACAUUUAAGAACAUAUUGGAACUCAAGAAGGCUGGGCGGCAACCACAGAGUGACCCCACGGUUAGCGGCUCUGUUGAAUUAGAUUUCCCCAACUUUUCUCCAAUGGCUUCGCAGGAAAACUGCCUAGAAAAGUUUAUCCCGGACCACAGUGAAGGCGUUGUAGAAACGGACUCCAUUUUAGAAGCAGCUGUAAAUAGUAUCCUAGAGUGUUAAUAGCAGCAGUCCCUCCCCAGCCCCCAGCCCUUGCCCCGGACAAGUUACAUUCUCUCCUGGCAAAAGCAAAUGGAAACGGUCUCCUGUCUCCAGCCUGCUUGGUCUUUCAUCACAGGUUAUUCUUUUUAAUCUCAGUCCUGUUCUUUGUUUAAGAGCAAUACUUGUCGUGGUUACAGGGAGAUCCUUUAGUAAAAUUCAUCCUUGUUAGAGAGCAGUCUGGUAGGCCCUACACAUUUCAAGUGUUAUGAAAGUGCUGAUGAUCAUUUUUUGUUUGUUUUAUUUUUUUUUAACACUGUCUCUCCAUGAGCCCACAGUACACUUGACUCUGAGUAAAGUUUUGACAAUCAUAAGUCAUUUGAAAAGAACAGACUUAUUAAAGAAAAUCAAACAGGACUGAUAGAAGCUACUUUUUAAAGAAUAUCUCACUGCAGCUCCAAAUUAGUGUUCAUUCUGUUUUGUUUUUGUUUUGCGGGGGUAUUGUUCGGGGAAGACCACCUCGUUCCUCCCCAUUCAGCCCUCUCUGAGCAGUAAGUUGCUGACUGCUCUGCCAAGGACUCUACAGCCCUGGUGUCAGAAGUCAGUAGCACAUAAGCAGGGCAUUUGCAGGGCUUCCCUGUUGAUCAUUCAAGUGCUUUUCCAAUGCUCCUGGAGCAAAACCUCAUGCUUUUCAGCAUAUCCAUGUCAAAUUUCAUCUAGGGAAUGCUCUGUUCUUAGUUGUAAUAGCAUGACUUGAAAUAAUUUCACCAGGCUGAAUAAAGGAAAAUGGAAAACAGUUAAGUGGCACAGUGUACAGGGGAGGCCGGGAUAGAGCCAUGAGGAUUAUAAUAUGUAUAUAUGUAAAAGCAUAUAUAUGUUAACUAUGAAAAAAACAAAGAGUUUUGCAUUUUAUAAUUGGGUAUAGUCAACAUACAAUGUAUGUUUUGUUUGUUGCUGGGUUUGGUUUUAUUUAACCUCUCUGUGUACCCUCUCCCACAACAAAUAGCCAAGCAUCAAAAGCACUUUCAUUUGAAAACUAAGUUGCAAUUUUUCAGUUCAUACUUUAAGGGGACUUUGGCCUUGUUUCUGCUUCUUGUUGUCUGAGAACAGUAGUCACUCCUGUCAGCAAUCAUUACCAAAACACAGACAAACCAAAGGUAACCAGCCAGCCCAUCACUGAAAGGAAAGAGCUGAGAUACAGAAUUUCCACUUGAGAGCCAAAGGAUAUGCCCUGUCAUAGUUUGUGUUUGGCCUGUGUUCAUAUCAGUGAACACGACUUAUUGCUUUAUUUAUUUAUAUUUCUUUUCAGGGAGCAUUCCCCAUUUUCCUUUCUUGUAUAGCUGUCCCAGAUCAUCCCAUUUCUGUUGUUUCUUUCAUUUUCCAUGUCAUUGUAACCACCAAUGGGAAGGCUACACACUGGUAGGUUAUAUGCAUUCUUCUCUCACAGGGCAUGCACAUGUGUCUGAGCUGUUGGGAUCCAAGGUCAUUUUGGUUUCAGUGUGUGCACACUUGCUUUCUUACUCUGCUCAUCUCCUUGUCCAUAGAGAUGUACCCAUUAGUCUCCACUCUAACAUAUUCCCAGAGUGGGGAUGAUCCCCAUUGUCAUCAUGUUGGGCAUUUCUUUUCCAGAUUGGCCUGCAAUGGAAAAGAAGGCUUCUGAUCAUUCAGUACACAGCAACAGAAGACCUGUAUCUUCCCUGCCCCUCUGUCCCUCCUUACAAAGAAAUCCCAUGAGAUACCCAGUCUGCAUAAGAGCAAAGUACCUUCUCCCUACCCCCAAGCCCUGGCCAAUUGAAAUAGGAAAAUGUGGGCCAUCUAGGGUUUCCAUUUUUUCCUUAUUUGUGCCAAUGUCCAAGUUGCAGAUUUCCCCUUCUUACUGUAUUGUAAUAUGUUAGAAAGAUAAGUUGGUAUUGCCAGUUGGACCUUUCUGUUUGGGCAGCCCUGGGUUAACAGCCCACCCUGAACCCAUGAUUUCACAGGCUCUUCUUCUGUUAGGGCUCACACUCCCCUAAUUCAAGAUGGUCCCUCCUGAUCAAAUUCUUCUCAUUGUGGAACUUUAUACCUGGAAGCCUUCAUGUGGGCUGUUAAUGAAUUACAUUAAUUACUGCGAAUCAGUGGAAUUCUUAAGAGAUAAGCUUCAUGUACAUUCGUCACCUCUCUUUCUGCCCUCUCCUGCCCUCCUACCCCACUUUAAGCUUUUCUAUAUGCCAUCUUCAAGGGUUUUUAAGCCCUAACACUUGUCAGCAAAUGGAGAGCCUAACUUACCAAAAUGAAACUUGUAAAUUUUUGUGUCCUUGUAUGUAAGUUUACUUUUUAUGGAGGAAAGAUUUUAGAUAAUGACAAAUGAAGAUUACAAAAUGUAUUUUACUCCUGUGAUUAGGUUACGUGCACAUGGGUCAUGACUCGCAUGUCGAGCCCCUCUGGCGAAGGAUAAGAGAGCUCAGCCUUGGACGCCAACAUUCAGUUGUUCAGGUUCAUUAGUCAAAGUUAAGUUUUAGAACUACUUGUACUCAGUAACAAAAAUCAUUUUCUUUUCUUUUCUUUUUUUUCUGUUUGUUGUUGUGAAAAAAAAAGUGUGAAUUUGUUAUUACGCAUUUGAUUUUCUGUGUCCUUAAGUACUGCCUAAAGAUAAAGCAAAUUUUAAACUGGCAAUUACGAAAAAGAACUAUUUUAGCUCUGAAGAAUUUAGUAGACUCUGUUAGAUUAGGGAGGCCUUACAGACUGACUUGACCUAAAGAGGACGCGUCACUCGCUGUCAGUGUGGUGUGGCUUUAUUUGCUUAAAUACCUUCAUUUGUAUAGUAUGUCUCACUUGAAAUUGCUUUGUAUACAUUUUGUAAAAAUAUUUAUAAAAUGUUUUGUAAAAAAAAGUAUAACAAAUUGCAGUUUAUUUUGUUAUGUUGGAUAAAUACUGUUAAAAGAAACCAGUCAGUAACUAUAUUGUUAAUCCAUGGUUAGGAAAUGUUUAGUUGGAGAUUACAAAAUGAAACAACCAUUGCAAUACAGCCAAAGAUUUGGGAAAAUGUG